UUGUCACCAGCAUCUCCACCACCAUCCUCCCUCUCCACAACACAAUGGGGCUGUAAUGUCAGCGACCAGCGAGACACGAGCAUCUUCUCAAGAGUACUGAAUCUGUGUAUGGAUUUAAUGAUGAUGAAAAAGAAGAAAUUCAAGUUUAAGGUGGAUUUUGAGCUGGACGAGCUCUCGUCGGUCCCCUUUGUCAACGGGGUGCUGUUCUGUAAAGUCAGGCUGCUGGACGGAGGCUUCUCCGAGGAGUCUUCACGGGAGCCAGUGCAGGCCAACUGUGUUCGAUGGAGGAAACGGUUCUCUUUCCCCUGCAAGAUGAGUGCCAACGCAGGGACAGGGGUACUGGACCCUUGUGUGUGCCGUGUGUCUGUCAGAAAGGAGCUGAAAGGUGGGAAGGCAUAUGCAAAGCUUGGUUUUGCAGAUUUGAAUUUAGCAGAGUUUGCCGGCUCAGGGAAUACAACUCGCAGAUGUCUGCUGGAAGGCUACGAUACCAAAAAUACCCGCCAGGAUAACUCCAUUCUCAAGGUCAUCAUCAGUACACAGCUCAUGUCAGGGGAUCCCUGUUUUAAAACGCCUCCCUCUACAGCCACAGUGAUCGGGAUCCAGGGGGAUGGAGAGAGCCUGCUGGAGGAGAGGAGGGGAGGGGACUCACAGAAAGGCUGUUCUGCAGAGAGUCGAGAAGGGAAGUGUCCUGUUGUUUCUGAUGAACUUGGGGGAUGCGGCCACUCCCGAACAUCCAGCUACGCCAGCCAACAGUCCAAACUCUCAGGAUACAGCACCGGUCACUCCCGCUCCUCCAGCAUGUCAGAGUUCAGCCAUCGGAGAAACCAUUCAGUUGGCAGCGCCUCAACGGGCAUCGGCAGCAUCCCAGAGCCCAGCGAGGACCGGGACCGAGAGUCCAGACCCUGUCAUGCUCUACCUGAACACCCAGUCCCCAACGCCACCACUAGCAACCAAGCGGGUACACCAGUAAGGAGCGCCUCGUCCUGUGAACGACUCAACAGACACCCUGUGAAGCAGGACUCCAUGGAGUCUCAGCUAAAGAGAAUGGACGACACGCGGGUGGAUGCUGACGAUGUUGUAGAAAAGAUUCUGCAGAGUCAAGACUUUACACCCAGUUUACUGGACUCCAGUGCUGAAGAGGAAGGCUUGCGUCUGUUUGUUGGCCCUGGGGGAAGCACAGCCCUUGGAAGCCAUCACCUUCCCACCAGGGUUGGUGCUGGAGCGUACGAGCAGGUGGUGAUUAAGCGUUAGACCUGCAGCCUCCCACAAGUGGACUGACACCGCUUGCAUCGAAAAACUAGAGGCAAGGCUGUGUCAAUUUCAAUCUGCAUUCCUACAGCACACACAUUACCUGAUCAGCACCCUGUCCGACCUUACAACAGUGCCCUCCUGUGUUUAAAUGACCUUUAGGACACCGUAGCUCUCCGACAGAGAGGUCAACAGUUAUUAUCUUGGAGUAAACAUACAUAUAUCAAGGGAAAACACUCACCUCCUCAUUUUCUGGGUGUAGAUUAGCCUCAACUUUUUGAGGUCAACUUUAUCACCCAACAUCCAAUCCAAAAACGCGAUUUAAAAACUGUUAGGAACUGGAAGAAAACGAUGAACGGAGGACACUGGGACAGGCUGUGUGUGUGCAUCAUCAGAACACAGUGAAGUAUGCAAUGCGCUUUCAAUACAUUCCUUUAGUCUCUGUGUUUGUUUUAGACUUCCUUUUCGAAUAGGAUGUUCUUUUUAAUAUUCGCCUAUAAACUGCUAAAAACAUUGUAGUUGUUGGCACUCUGACAACCGUUGGUGUUUUGAAGUUGAGAAUGUUUUACUACAAAGACGAGGCCUCAGACUUGAGCUGUUUGACGAGUCAACGUGACCUGUGUGUGAAUGUGUGUGUGUCUGCUAUGUGGCAAGACCACUUUUAGUAGUAUUAACCGUUAUCCUGGAUGAGUGGAGGGAUGUGAUAUGUUCUCUUGUAAGUAAUGCGUUAUUGCCACUUGCAAAGAGAGAAUGGGAGAACAUGACAAUUUGCUUAAUCGUAGACAUAAAGACCUUGAUCUCAUUUGUUUGCCGAGCAUUUUAGAAAAUCCUGCAGUACUAUUCUUCCUUACAAAGGCAAAAUGCAGUUGCAACUUAUUUGUUCACAACUGAGUUUUCAAAUCUAACUUUCUGACAUGAACUGACAUGUUGGUAAUCCAGUUUAUUUAAUUGACUAUCUUAACAGAUCUCAGUAACCUCCAUCUUUAUUUUUGAAUCUAAUGACAUUCAUGUGAU